GUUUCACCAAGUGCUCAAGCACGCCAACAGCAGCUACCUAGCUAGUGCGAGUAUAGCUGAAGCUUGAUCCUGUUGUUUCUUUCGUAGCAUGUCAUCUCAUGUCAUUUGUGUUAUUUAUGUCCUGUGACCAUCCUCAAUCCCCUCCUUCAAUCUUGUUCCUCUUCCCUUGUUUUUGCAUAUACGUUCAAAGUAUACUGGUAUCACCGAGAUUCCAGCUUGAACCUUAAAGCCCACCAUGAAUUUCUACCAUUCCGCAUUUAUAUUCCUGACAUCCAGCUGUGGUCUCCUAACAUGGCAACAAUAUCGCAAACGAGAAGAGAAGCCGGAUGAGAAGAGAGACAACCAGCCUUCGGUUACCCCUCGAGCAAAGGUUGAGGCCAGAGAGUUCCAACGGCUUUUCUUGACCGUGUAUUGCCUGGUAAUGGCAUCAGAUUGGCUUCAAGGUAUGCUAGUAUAAAGAUUGAAAGUUCAAAACUGAAUCUCAUAAACCUUUCAAGGACCGUAUGUGUACAGUCUUUACAGAGAUCAAUUUGGUCUCGGAGAACGCGCCGUCGGUCUCCUCUUCAUGGCGGGUUUCCUCUCUGGAGCUAUCUCUGGCUAUUUUGUUGGCCAAUUUACAGAUGCCUAUGGCCGCAAGUCGGCAUGCUUAAUAUUUUGCAUCAUCUACUCGACCGCCUGUUUCUCAACGCUGGUUCCUAGUCUCCCGAUUCUACUUUUUGGUCGAGUCUGCAGUGGAUUGAGUACUAGCUUGAUGGUCAGCGCAUUUGAAAGCUGGAUGGUUACCGAAUAUCAUAAGAGGCGAGUGGACCAGGCAGGAAUAAGUUUGGGCAGCAUGUAUGGAAUUAUGCAGACUCUGAAUAGUAUCGUUGCUAUUAUCUCGGGAGUAUUUAGCGAAUGGAUUGUCGAGAUGACCGGUACGAAGAGAGCACCUUUCAUGGCAAGUGCUGGCCUUCUUGGGGUUGCUUUCUGGGUUAUAGGGUUAUACUGGGUAAGUUUUCUUAUCUUCUUUCUGUCCUCAUCAUUUUCCAAAGACAAAGCUAUGGGAAAACUGUAAAGGGGGGGUUGCACGUGCUCAAGAUUCAGGAAGUCUUCCAACGUUUGGGUGGAUGACCACAACUCUUUCCUUCUCUUUCUGAUUUCUACAAUUUCAUUACAGAGACUUUUGUCCAUUCUGUAAUAUCAAGGCCCCAAUUAAACUAAUAUGCAAGCCAAAUGCUGCGUCAAAUCAAUAUUCCCUCACACUGAACUGAUACAUCGCAGACCGAAAACUAUGGCGACAGUCGCACCCAAGACCCGUCUGCCUCCAAUAACUCCAGAAACCAACCCCCACCCCCACCCAAUCUUCGCACAAUAUUGACAGACAAACGAAUCCUCGCACUCGGCCUGGCAUCCUGCAUCUUCGAAGGCUCCAUGUACCUCUUCGUCUUCUUCUGGAGCCCCGCUCUCCACACAGCCCACACUUAUUCCUCCACCCACAACACCCCUCUACCCCUCGGUCUAAUAUUCGCCUCCUUCAUGACCUGCUCCAUGCUCGGUUCCCUCAUUUUCUCCUUUCUCUCUUCCCCAUCAUAUACUUCGCUCUCUCCGUCUCGCCUUCUCAGUCUCCUCUUUGCCACGGCUUCCUCGUCAUUGCUUUUAACCACCAUGUUGAAAGAUGAAAAGGCUACCUUCUGGGCAUUCUGUGUCUUUGAGAUUUGUGUGGGUAUGUACUGGCCCUCCAUUGGGACUUUGAAAAGCAGGGUAGUGGAGGAUGGGGUGAGAGCGAGGAUCUAUGGGAUUUUGAUGAUUCCGUCAAAUGUUUUUGUCGUUGUGGCUUUGGCUUUGAUUAAAGAGGGAGAGGAGUAUCGAAAUGGGGUUUUCUUGAUGUGUGGGGGUUUGUUGGUUCUUACUUCUGGGGUGUUUCAUUGGACUGUUAGGGAAUAGAGGAGAUGGUUGGGGUUGAUUUGUAUAAUACAUGAGAGGAAGUGGGUGUUUAGGAAUCUAGAUUAGAGUAGACUUUGUGGAGC